CCCAGAUGUAGAGAGAGAAUUAAAGAUAAAGGAAAAUAAGACUAGGCCACUCAACAGAACUGCUGAUUUGGAGCCCGUGAAGCCGACGUGUUGCCCCCCGUGGCUUCACUGUGCCCGUGCUGGAGAUGUCCCUGAAGAGUGACCGGCAGGUGGACACCUCGACGCUCAAGAGGAUCGCUGCAGACAUGAGCAAUAUCAUCGAGAGCCUGGACACGAGGGAGCUCCACUUCGAGGGGGAGGAGGUGGAUGCGGAGGUACUGAGUGACCCCAAAGCCGCCGUGAGCAUUCCAUUCUCUGCAAUUUAUCACACACGUGGAUUCAAAGAGCCAGAUGUACAGACGUAUCUCAAGGGCUGCCCUAUCAAAGUGCGUGUUCUGGAAGUUGAACGUUUUACUUCAACAAGGAAGGUACCAAGUCCAAAUGUUUACACUAUUGAGUUAACACAUGGAGAAUUCACAUGGCAAGUGAAGAGGAAGUUCAAGCACUUUCAGGAAUUUCACAGGGAGCUGCUGAGGUACAAGGCGUUUAUGCGGAUCCCGAUCCCAACGCGGAGUCACACGGUGAGAAGACAAUCCAUCAAAAGGGGAGAAACCCGGCAGAUGCCGAGCCUGCCGCAUACCUCGGAGAGCACGGUGCGAGAGGAGCAUUUCUCCAGCAGGAGGAAACAGCUGGAAGACUACCUGACAAAGAUCCUAAAAAUGCCAAUGUACAGAAACUACCAUGGAACAAUGGAGUUCAUUGGUGUAAGUCAGCUGUCCUUCAUCCAUGACCUAGGACCAAAGGGCAUAGAAGGUUUGAUCAUGAAACGCUCYGGGGGGCACCGAAUACCCGGUCUGAACUGCUGCGGCCAAGGACGGAUGUGCUAUCGAUGGUCCAAAAGGUGGCUGGUAGUGAAAGAAUCCUUCCUGCUGUACAUGAAGCCAGACAGUGGGGCCAUCGCCUUUGUCUUGCUGGUAGAUAAAGAAUUCAACAUAAAGAUAGGCCAGAAAGAGACAGAAACGAAAUAUGGGUUGCAGAUCGACAAUCUCUCUAGGUCACUGAUUUUGAAGUGUAACAGCUACAGGCAUGCCCAGUGGUGGAGACAGGGAAUAGACGAGUUCAUUCGGAAAAAUGGCAAGAACUUCCUAACAGAGCACAGAUUUGGGUCCUACGCAGCCGUGCAAGAGAACACACUGGCCAAGUGGUAUGUGAAUGCUAAGUGGUACUUCGAAGAUGUUGCCAAUGCCAUGGAAGCAGCUAAAGAAGAAAUUUUCAUCACGGAUUGGUGGCUGAGCCCAGAAAUCUUCAUGAAACGACCUGUUGUAGAAGGAAAUCACUGGAGACUGGACUGCAUCCUCAAGCGAAAGGCACAACAAGGAGUGAGAAUCUUUGUGAUGCUGUAUAAAGAGGUGGAGCUUGCCCUAGGAAUCAACAGUGAAUAUAGCAAGCGGACACUCAUGCAUCUCCAUCCAAACAUUAAGGUGAUGAGGCACCCAGACCACGUGUCCUCCUCCGUGUACCUCUGGGCCCACCACGAGAAGCUCGUCAUCGUUGACCAGUCCGUAGCGUUCAUUGGUGGCAUCGACCUGGCCUACGGCAGGUGGGACGAUGACGAGCAUCGCCUGACKGAUGUUGGCAGCGUGAAACGCGUGGCGACGGCUAAGUCGGUGUCCACAAUCAAUCUGGCAUCUGCAGCUGAGUCAACUGAACAUAUCGCCCUGGAGCCUCCAGCUCCGUCCCCAGAAAACCGUCUGCUCCAGAACAAUGCUGAAGAUGCCCCAGACGUUUCAAAAAUGAAAGGGGUAGGAAAGUCCAAAAAGUUUUCGAGAUUCAGUAUUUAUAAGCAUCUCCAGAAGCACRGCAUGCACCACGCUGAUAGCGUCAGCAGCAUAGACAGCGAGUCAAGUUAUUGUAACCCCAAUAGAAGUCAACCGAAUAUAAUCCAGAGUUUAAAACCCCACCUGAAAAUGUUUCAUCACCACAAUGAAUCCAAACAGGGGCUCGCUGAGCCUCGGGAGGACAAAGGGUCGAUGCGCAGCCUGAAGACAGGGGUUGGCGAGCUCUUYGGGGAAACGAGAUUCUGGCACGGGAAGGACUACUGCAACUUUGUCUUUAAAGACUGGGUUCAGCUUGACAAACCUUUUGCUGAUUUCAUCGACCGGCACACGACGCCGAGGAUGCCCUGGCACGACAUCGCCUCCGCCGUGCACGGCAAGGCCGCCCGCGACGUCGCCCGCCACUUCAUCCAGCGCUGGAACUUCACCAAGAUCAUGAAGCCCAAGUACCGAUCCCUGUCCUACCCAUUCCUGCUGCCGAAAUCUCAGGAAACUGCUCAUGAGUUGAAGUACCAGGUGCCUGAGUGUGUUCGUGCCACGGUCCAGGUGAUCCGUUCUGCUGCUGACUGGUCGGCUGGCAUUAAAUACCAUGAAGAAUCCAUCCACAACGCGUACAUCAGCGUGAUAAAAAACAGCAAGCACUACAUAUAUAUAGAAAACCAGUUUUUUAUUAGCUGUGCUGAUGACAAAGUUGUCUGGAACAAGAUAGGAGAUGCAAUUGCUCAGAGGAUUCUUAAAGCUCACAGGGAAAACAAACGUUUCCGCGUGUAUGUGGUGAUCCCGCUGCUGCCCGGCUUUGAAGGGGACAUCUCGACGGGCGGCGGGAACGCGCUGCAGGCCAUCAUGCACUUCAACUACAGGACCAUGUGCAGAGGAGAACAUUCAAUUCUGGGCCAGCUGAAGGCAGAGGUUGGAGAUAAGUGGAUAAACUACAUAUCCUUCUGUGGGCUGCGGACGUAUGCAGAGUUGGAAGGAAAACUGGUCACUGAACUCAUCUACGUUCACAGCAAACUGCUAAUUGCUGAUGACGACACUGUCAUAAUUGGCUCAGCCAACAUCAACGACCGCAGCAUGCUGGGCAAGCGGGACAGCGAGAUGGCCAUCAUCGUGCAGGACACGGACACCGUCCCCUCCGUCAUGGACGGCGAGCACUACAGCGCCGGGAGGUUCGCGCAGUCCCUCCGGCUCCGGUGCUUCAGGGUUGUACUUGGAGCCUCGGAUGUCAAUUCAGACCACCAGGACCCCGUCUGUGACAAGUUCUUCAAGGAGGUGUGGAUUGCAACAGCAGCCCGCAACGCCACCAUCUUCGAUAAGGUUUUCCGAUGCCUUCCCAGUGACCAGGUGAAUAACUUAGCCCAACUGCGUGAUUUCAUCAACAAACCAAAACUAGCAAGUGAUGAUCCUGUGAAAGCAGCAGAAGAGUUGAAGAAGAUUCGUGGCUUUCUAGUACAAUUCCCCUUCCGUUUUCUGGAGGAGGAAUACCUGCURCCUUCUGUUGGAACAAAAGAAUCCAUGGUACCAAUGGAGGUUUGGACUUAAGGAGAUUGGGACUGCUUCCUAUUUUAAACUCUAGUUCUCAAAAGACAAGUUUAUGAACAGUAUAGGAUUUCAGAAAGCUUUUAAUUUUUUGCAAAGGGAGGCAAAAAAGAAAGGUCUCUGCCAAACUAACGUGCCUUUCAUAGGGGUUUUGGUGGAGGAACUUCAAGCAAAAUGACACUAGCAAAGGAGAGGAUCAAAAAGACUUGGAAAUUAUGACAGAUGAGAAGUUUAUUCUCUGAAGAAAUUACUGCUUUAGACAAUUUCUAAGCACCUAAAGGAUUGAGGCUGCUUCCUAGGAAAGGAAACAAAUCCUAAUAGAUAUUAGUACUGCUGCCAGUGUGGCUGCCACGUCCAAGUGGUUGUGCUGUGGCCCCGCAGGAGCUGCGGGAUGCAUUUGCUUUCUGGAGCUUUCAGGUACCAGUGUGUUCACCUGCUGCAGCCCCUCGUCUCAUCCCUGUUGCUGUUUUGCAGGAACCUCUCUCAGAGCUCGGGUGGUGUUGGGAAGCUCUGCUUGACGCUGUCCCAGGCAUUCCUGUGAUCACGGCUUGCCAAGGCUGGAUGUUUCACUGCUUUUUGAGGAACAGACUAACAAUCAGAAUCAGUGUUUUUGGUCUCUUUUCCCCUCUCGGCAGGGGGACAUGUUUUUACUACAGCUAGAGCGAUCAGCAAUCYUCACCAGACGCAGCAUGGUGCUCUGUACAUCUUAGCAAAGUGCAGCCUCCGUGGAGCUCAACGUGUUGGAAAUCAGGAGUUCUCUGGCUUUCCCAGGCAUGCAGCACGUCAGUUUGUUUAAGCUGCAGGAAGGCUUUCUCCAAGAGAGAAUCCAGUUUCAGGCUGAAGCCUCCGAUCUUCCUCGYGGGAGGGAAGUGAGGUGCUGUGUGGGACAGGGAGCUAUCAAUAACUAUCCUGGCCAUGUUCAGUCUGUGCUUUGGAUCCUUUGCCGUCACAUUUAUAUUGCUUUAAAUAAUAGACUUUCCUGUCCAUUCCCUUUUCUCCCUAUUUGAAAGAAGGGAGAGCUGAGAUGUCAGGCCAGCUGUGCUCAGACCAGGUUCACAUCUUUUUUUUCUCCUCGUUUUUCCCCUUYGCAGACUGGGUGAGUGCCGGGGAACGGGGGGAGCUUGUCUCUCUGAUCUGCUUUCUAACGAGACAGGCCACAGUCGGUCACGCAGAACAAGUCUUCCAAGGGCAGGUGAAACUUAACACAUUCAGCCCUGUCUUGCAUCUCCAUACAGCAGCUCCCAAGGCCAGUUUUGCACCUCGCUGGGUAGCCAAGGACUCGGGCAUUUCUCCCUCCUYGGGCCACGCUCUGCUGCCCCCGGCCAGCUCCUUGUCCCAGCUCUGGACGCUGUCCUGCGUGUCCCAGUUUUGCGUCCUCCCUGUGUCCCAGGUGUCCACAGUGGAGCUGGGGGCCCCACCAGYGGGCAGAGCGUCCCGUCCAACACCCGAAGGAGAAAAUUCCUAACRCAGGAGCCUCAUUGUGAAAGUGGGAACCCAAACUCCUCUGCUGCGAGGGGGAUCCCUUCACCAGCUCCACUGCCGAUGUGCUCCUUAACCCGUGUUCUCAAAGUGCCCCAGGCGCUGUAGUCAGACCAGAUGAACUUACAUUUCCAGUAGUUUUUUAAAAAGUGUUCAUAGGGAAGUUUCUUUUUUCCUUUGUUUGAGCUUCCAGCAGUCUUUUAACUGGAAAAGAACCACACUAUUCCUCAAGGUAGCCCUAGAAUAUGUCCAGUACCAUCUCUUACCCUUUAGCUGAUUGUCUUCUGCAUCUUGCAUGCAAAUAGAGUGAUUUUGUAGGCAGUGGUCUCUGGGGGAGUAACAAACACACACGGACACACUCCCCAGGGCACCGAGGUGUCACCCAGCUCCACGAUUCCUGCUGUUUGAUCCUCAUGUUUUAUAGGUGCAGUUAGGAAUAAGGCUCCUUUGUACACGGCGAAGCUGUGGGCUGCCUGGAGGAGCCUGCGCUGCGUUCUCGCUGCUAACCUGGGUUGCCCCAGGGGCCGAGGCCUUUGGCUGCUGCGCUGUAAAUAGCUCAGUGWUUCCCCAGUUACUCCCCUUAUCAAAGUGACCCGCUGCGGGGCGCGAGCUGCACGCCGUGCCCGCGCUUCCAGUCAGGAGGAGGUCAAAGGCGUCCUACUAUUUCACACUAGCGCUGGCUAGCCUGGAGUUUCAUCUCUGGGUAGGUUUUUAGCUCUUCCAGUUUGAACAGUGCUGCUAACUUGAAACAAUUACCGCCCCUCGGAGUCYGCCUGAGGCAGGUAGGUCUGUGCUCAUCCUCGGAAAGGGAGCGCUCGGCCGCAUCCUUAAGAAGCCUGUGGAUUUUGUUGUCUUCUAAGUGCUCUUACCUGCCCCRUGCUGCCAUCAUCCAACCAUCCGUGUGUUGUCCCUUGAGGUGGCGUGGGGGACUCGGCAUCCUGGGGCGCUACCCCCCUCUCCCGGACUGCUCUCGGAGAAGCUUCCYGAGUCCAUCCCAGGUGCCCUGGAGCUGGAGGGCCAUGGAGCUGAGAUUUGCCUUAGGGAAAGCUGUGCGGGUAUCAAAGGAGGGCACGGCUGCCACCUCYGAGCGCCCAGCCCGUCUUGGGCUCUCGGGGAUCGCUGGCCAACUGCAGUUCUCUUUCUUAUAUUAAGAAGCCAGUGAGCAGGGUGAGGUUCAGCACCGCGGGAGAAUUCAGUGUUAUCCCUGAGCAAUCCCCGCUCAGUCCCACAGCGCUUUGACUCACGAUAGGUUCCCCAGGCUGCAGGGGAGUCGCUUGCAGAUGCACCGGCUGCAGCCAGCGAUGAGCGUUGGGCACCAGCCGGCCCUGAGGCGGCUCUUCCUCGUGGAAUUUACUGGUUAGGACUGCAAGAAAUGAGAGGAAAUUCUCAAAGGCUCUACCUUCUUUUCUUGUAUUUCAACCUGAAUUUAAUUUUUUUUUAAUGUAUUCCUCAAUAGAUACCACUCACACUCCUUACCACAUCUUUAUAUAUUUUUAAAUAUUGUGAUAUUUUAAUAUAUAUAUUUUGUUGUAUAGAGGUUUGAUUGGAUAAUUCUUUUAGCRUGGAAUUGGUGCAUGGUUUUAACAGCACAAGAGGGAUAAAAUGAGAUGAUAUUUCAGACCUUUGCAGUGGGUGAUGUGUAGAAGAAACACCCUUGAGCUGCCGGCAGAUGAAGCGCCCCUGGUCCCUCCACUUGCUCCACUUUCACCCUCCACAGGUGAAAGGGGCUCGUCCCCAGCAAGCCGCUGCCUUUGUCAUCCUCGGGAGGGCUGUUUCAGCCAAGGCAAACGCGUGAAGGUCGGCACUGGUGUUUGCUGGCGGCCCCGCUUGAUGGGAGAUGGGCUGGGUGGAAGCCCAAACACUCUCCAUUUGUUUUAAUUGAGUUUGAGAACGUGACUUCACAGUCCUGGUGCUGUCCCCGGCGGGGACCUCGGCUUUGGCUUAGGUGGGAGCCUGUGGUAUUAAUUCCUGGCACCUUUACUCCUGCCGAGGGCGCCUCCACGCACAAUCAGCCCCCGUCUCGGCUUGCUGCUGUGCUUUCAGUGUCAUAAACCCCGCUGUGCAGUUGUGGUGAGCACAGCRUGGGCUGUGUGACCGAGACAGAAGCUGCACUUGCGGCUGCAGGGAGGAACGUCCGAACGGGCCUYGGGAGGAGCAGUUUCCACGUGGAAGAUGCCAAACGGGGUCAAGGCAAACCGAGGGGCAAGCUGCGAGUGGACUCCUCAGUGCAACCAUCCUCUUUGGGUCCUUUAUUACUGUUAUUAUUCCUUUAUUUUUGU